AUGCAGAAGGAUCAUGGUACCAAUGCACCAGCUACACCUACUUCUGGUCGAGUUCGGCACAGGAGACGUUCCAAUGAGUUUCCCGUCGAGAUGGGCAGAACAAAUGGAAAUCAUUUACUUGCCUAUGAUGAGAACAAAUAUAGAUCAAUGUGGGUUCGUGCAUGUUCAUCUCUGUGGAUGCUUGCUGGCUUCCUCUUGAUCCUCUAUCUAGGACAUCUUUAUAUUUGGGCCAUGGUUGUUAUUAUCCAAAUAUUCAUGGCAAGGGAGCUCUUCAAUCUACUCAGAAAAGCACAUGAAGAUAAACGCCUGCCUGGGUUCAGGAUCUUGAACUGGCACUUUUACUUCACGGCUAUGCUGUUUGUAUAUGGUCGCAUUCUCAGUCACCGGCUUGUGAAUACCGUAACUUCAGAUAAAAUUUUCUAUAGGCUUGUGAGUAGGCUCAUCAAGUAUCAGAUGGUUAUUUGUUAUUUCUUAUACAUAGCAGGUUUCAUGUGGUUCAUUCUUACACUAAAGAAGAAGAUGUACAAGUAUCAAUUUGGGCAGUUUGCAUGGACACACAUGAUUCUCAUUGUUGUCUUCACUCAGUCAGCAUUUACUGUAGUCAACAUUUUUGAAGGCAUCUUCUGGUUCCUUCUCCCAGCAUCACUAAUUGCUGUCAAUGAUGUUGCUGCUUAUUUCUUUGGUUUCUUUUUCGGGAAAACUCCUUUAAUCAAGCUAUCUCCUAAGAAAACAUGGGAGGGUUUCAUCGGAGCAUCUGUUGCAACUACGAUCUCUGCAUUUGUGCUUGCAAAUGUCUUUGGUCAUUUUCAGUGGCUGACAUGUCCCAGGAAGGAUUUAUCAACUGGUUGGCUUCACUGUGAUCCUGGUCCACUUUUUAUGCCAGAGUAUCAUCCCUUGCCAGGAUGGAUUUCUCAAUGGUUGCCUUGGAAAGAGAUAGCAAUUUUGCCAGUUCAGUGGCAUGCUCUAUGCCUGGGCUUAUUUGCAUCAAUUAUUGCACCAUUUGGAGGCUUUUUUGCAAGUGGUUUCAAGAGAGCUUUCAAGAUUAAGGAUUUUGGUGAUAGUAUACCUGGACAUGGUGGAUUUACAGACAGAAUGGACUGUCAGAUGGUAAUGGCUGUUUUUGCCUACAUCUAUCAUCAGUCAUUUAUUGUUCCCCAAGAUUAUACAGUUGAGAUGAUUAUGGACGAGAUAUUAAGCAGCCUUACUUUGGAGGAGCAGCAAAAUCUAUAUAAGAAGUUGGGACAGAUAUUGCAGGACAGAGUGCUUGGACUAUCUCAAAGUUAAUCACACACAGUUUCCUGAAUCCUAUGCUAAGUGAUCCAAACUUGGAAGGGCGAUUCCACCAGAAGUUUCUUGGAAUGAAGGUCAGAAUAGUGUACACUUCUUUUUCUGAGGAUUGGACUUGAAUACAGUCUUUCCACGUCUCUUGUACUUGUAUGAUCCCUACCAUCUUGCAUCAUGGCGUGGGUUUAGUUUCCAUAUACAAAGCUUUUUACAGUUAGUAAGCUUGGUUUCAUGGCACUAGAGAUCAGAAUGAUCGAUUCAUGUUUCUGAUGCAAAACCACUUGGAGAAAAGUGGGACGUAGAGCUUCCUUGUUAUUCAGUGUUGGUAUCUUGGAACUCCUUAUUCAGCUUGUCUUCCACAUGUUGGAAGGUGGUUUAACAUCAGUCAAAUUUUUUC